CCAACCGCCGUUAAACCUCAUCGAAGAAGAGUUAGAUAUUGAACAUUUGGAGGAAAGCUAACUUUGCUUUGAAUGAAGAGCUGACAUAUCGUUGUCAAAAUGGCGAUAAAACCUCCCGUUCUUAUGAACGCCGUUCCCCCGUAUGGGCAUGUUAUUGCCAACGAGAAGUGGAGAAGCUCAGUCCUCGUGCAAAGUUUGAAAGGAACUGGAAGUGUGAAAAUAAUAUUUGAAGAAGAACUUGGCGUGGUGGACUUUUAUCUAUCUAACAAGAGUUGCAUCUUGUAUGUCUCUGAAACUGACAUUGUGGCUGGAAACAACUACAAAAGAAAACUUGUUAGGUUUAGAAAUGCCAACAGCAGCCUCCAGGGCAUAGUGCUGGUGGAGAAGACCCAGCUCAGCGAACAGUACUUUUCUGCCAUGCAGAAGUUUGUGGUGUUUGAGCUUGGUCUGACACUGCUACCUGUUGCCAGCCAGCUUGAAGCCUCCCAGCUACUCACACAAAUAGUGCACGGAGAAAGUAAAGACAACCCGUUCCGCAGGAGGAGUGUGUCUUGGCUGCUAGACCCCUUGAUCAUGUCCCUGGUUCAGCAGAUCCCUGGGGUAGGGAAGGUCAAAGCCAUGGCCCUGCUCCAGCACUACUCCAGUAUCCACCAGCUGUGCAACGCAGGAACGCACGAACUGGAACACAUCGUGGGCCAGGCCACGGCUCAGCACAUACGCAACUUCUUCCACGACCCAUUGGUCUGACUCUGACCAAAUGCCACAGCUCAUUGACAAAUCAAUACUUGUUUUAUGUUCAAGUGUGUAAGGAGGGCAACAGUGAACCUGACACAAUGCUGUAAAGCUAGAGAGACUUCCUUAGUUGGAAAUCUAGUGGAAUUUAUAGUUUGUUUUUUUCUUCACAUCUCUAUGAUACAAGUUUAUACAAACAGAAUGCUUUGGUGCCUCUCUGUGUAAUGAAAAAAUGUAUUGCAGUUCUUGUGACCCAUGGGCCUAUAAUAUGGGUCAGUGCUAUUAGGGAUCCUUGGACUAUCCCUACCCUUAACCCUAACCCUUAACUAACCAUUGUAAAUUGAAACUUCAAUGAAGGGGUCCCAAGGAUCCUCAAUAUCAUGUGUUGCACAAAACAUCACAGAGCUACAUUGAAAGUGUGUGUGUAACUGACCACAAGAUGGAGUAGAAGAUGCUCUUUCCUCAUCCAGAACAAUUCAUAAACUUCCAUUGGAAUAAAUCAACCUUAAUCAAGGACUGUUUUACUUGAACUGAUUGCAGGUGCAAAUGGUAAUACAAUAUGGGUACCUUUUCCAACCGACGUUAGAGCCUACAGGGAAACCUUAUAACUUCAAUGAAAUGGCAGAUCCCCUGGCUUAGUUCAAUCCAAUCCAUUUGCACUAAAGCAUUCCGCCUCAAUGAAGGCACACUUUCUUGGCACAGCUGUCAAAGGCCUUCUUUCCCAACCACAGUCAGGACUGCCUUUUAUACCAUUUUGACCAUGUGACCUGGGUUGGCUGCGUGGAGCUUUCCCUGGCCAGUGACUUCUCUCUGUGAUACCAUUCCAUCCCUUCCAAAUCCAACAGGAACUAACACUGGCAUGCUGGCCAAAGCAUGAAUUGACUGAAUGAAUUGACUCCUACCUCGGCUCCCCCAUUCUUAAGAACUGGAACUACAUUUCUUCAAAAAAAAACUUUACUCAUUUUGGGAUCUUAUGAGUGUUAAUGCAUUUGGACAGGACAGACUUUGUUUGCUUGUUUAUUGAUAUGGGCUCCUGAGUGGUGCAGUGGUCUAAGGCACUGCAUCUUAGUGCUAGACGCGUCACUAUAGACCCUGGUUCGAUUCCAGGCUGUAUCACAACCGGCUGUGAUUGGGAGUCCCAUAGGGCGGUACACAAUUGACCCAGCGUCGUUAGGGUUUGGCAGGGGUAGGCUGUCACUGUAAAUAAGAAUUUGUUCUUAACUGACUUGCCUAUUUAAAGGUUAAAUAAAAUAUAUAUUUCAAUCUUGUGCUUCAUCUAA